AUGGAUUCCAGAGCGUCCACGGCCGGGCGGCUUCUGACGCUCUUCGCAUUCUACGUACUAAUCCACUGGACCUCAGGGACCCGCCCCUCCUCGGGCCCUGGAGCCCUGGACUGCGCCCAGCUCCUGUCGAAUUCGAGUUUAAAUCUAAAUUCAAACGAUUUGAACUUGGCGCCGGAGGGGCGGGUGGUUGUUGUGCGGGGCGCCUUGGCGUGCGGCGCAAAGUUUGGUCAACGUGAACGGGUCGUGCUCAACGCGUCAAGGGUAACUUUGCAGGGCCGGCCGGCAGCCACGGACGCAGCCAUAAUGUACUGGCCGGACUGGCGGGAUGCAAUCUCGCUCCAGAACGGGGCCGUGCUGAAAUUGCAGAGCCUGGUGCUGAUCACCGGAGAGGGCGGAUUUCCCAAACGGGAUUCAGAAUCUGGUUAUUCUGAUUUUUCCGAUGUUGUGGAAACAUCGGAGUUUGCGAAUUUUUCGGAUUUCUUGGAAAUUUGCGGCAGCGGCUUCAGAAAGGGCUCUAUCGAGCUGGAGGACGUGCUGGUGGUCGACGGGCGUUGCGGGGGGCAAGGAUCACGGGGCCCAAGAUGGAGUCGGAAAUCGCUGAGAAAGGCUGCCGCUGGCCUUGCUGCUGUCCGCCUCAUUCGAUAUUGCACAUGCCCUGCAUCUGCGGACGGGUUUGCAAUUCCCGGAGGCACCCCUCCCGGCCCCUCCUGCCGCGCCCUACCCUGCUCCCCCACCGCCGGCUGCAGUUCCUUGGGUUCCACCAAUUGGACUGCAGAGCGAAUUUCCCAGCUCGAGAUCUUUGAAUCUGCGAUGUUCUAUUCUGAUGGAUUGAAAUCUACGACAACCUGCGGCGGGGCAGUUCUGAGGGCGGAGAUGCCUGUCGCCCUCGGCGCUGGACUGGCCGGCGGCGGUGCACUCUUGGCCAUGGUCACCAUCUGCCUGUGGACUGCAUUCGGCAAGCGGCGCUGCAAGCGUCGAAAGGAGCUCACCAAGCUGAUGGAUCUGGUAGGAAUCGAGAGCCCAGAAGAUGAGUCAUCCCCUGGGGACCAUGAAGAUGGAUCCCUGGAGGGGUUGUGCCUGUCCCAAGUGGAAUUGGGGUACCCCUUGGGGGAGGGGGGAUUCGGCAAGGUGUACAUGGGUGCAUUCCAGGGGAAAAUGAUCGCGGUGAAAAUCAUCGAUCACGACGGCACCGCGCUGGACGCGCACGGCGUGCUGCUGGAAGCUGCGCUCAGUAGGGACCUGCGUCACCCCAACGUCGUGAUGACGUACCUCAACGAGACACGGCCAUGGGAGGGGGCCAGGGGCCCGCCCGGCCGCCAGGACCCUAAGGAACGGGCCGGAAAAACCGCGAGAUCGGGCCCUGAAGAUGGGGAUGAUGACUUCAGUUACUUGGCGCAGAGGAUGCGGGGGCAGGGGAAGGGGGAGGAAGGGGCGUUCAGGACGUGGAUCGUAAUGGAGUACUGCGAGGGAGGGUCGCUGGCGAGGGCUGUCAGGGAGGGGGCGCUGUUCUACGACGAGGAGAGGGUGGCCCCAAGGUACCCGGCGGUGGUGCUGUGCGCGCUGGACGUGGCGCGCGCCAUGGCACACCUGCACGGAAGGCGCGUCAUCCACGGGGACCUCAAGGCCCAGAACGUCCUGCUGAAGACCGACCCCGCCGACCAGCGCGGUUUCCGCUGCAAGGUUGGCGACUUCGGCCUCAGCCGCGCCAGCCCCAGCGCCACCGCCAUCCGGACCUUCACCUGUGGCACCACCAGAUACUGCCCGCCGGAGCUGCUGAGGGACGGCCUGCUGACGCCAGCAGCUGACGUGUACUCGUUCGGCAUGCUGCUGUGGGAGCUGGUCUCUGGGCGCAAGGCCUUCCAGGACCUGGCGCAGCAGGACAUCGUGGUGGCGGCGGUGGCCGGCAGGCGCCCGCCCGUCCCUCGGCACUGCCCCUCCGACAUCAGGUCGCUCAUCCGCGACUGCUGGGCGGCGGACCGCAAGGAACGGCCGAGUUUUGAGUCUGUUGUGGGGCGGCUGCGGCGCCUGGCGGGGACCUACGCGCCGGGGCUGGCGGAAAGCGGUCCGAGGGAGCAAGCGGGGGAGACCAAACGGGGAGUCUGGCGGCCAGACGUUAAUGGGACGGACAGCAGCUUCUCUUCGGAUGACGGAAGGCCGUUCGUGAGGGACGUAUGCCUGGCAGCUCUGCAGUCGCCGGCCACAGGUUGCCUCCGCGGCUCCCUCUUCCGUUUGGAGAGCAGCAGCGCUAACCUGUGGGACACUCCCACCCCGUGCACGUCCGAGUCCGCGAAGGACCUCGGGGCCCGCGGACCCGCUGGUCAAAGCUCGGUCAACGCUAUCACUGACCAGGUCGAACCACAGCCAACAGUCGGAGGGGCGGCCGGGGAGGCGACGCCCAGAGGCGCAGCGGAAACCGACCCGCCUGCGGAAACCGUGGAGAAGGACGGGGGAAGUCGCUCGAAAGCUGCCACGACAAUCGACGUGAAAGGGGGGCGGAUCUGCGAUCCGGGGACUGUGAAGCGCAGCCCACAAUGGGUGGCGGCGGCAUCCGCCGAUCCAGGCCAGAAAUACGGACUUCAGAAUUCAGGGAAGUUCGGAAAGUUUGGAAAAUUAAGAAAGCUCGAUCGGGAUUCGGACAGCAGUGAAUCUGAUGCCGCGUCCAGUGAGGGCGGCGGGCAGCGCCAGUGUGACGGCCAGCUCCGGGCCCCAAGUGCCCAGGUCCCGUCCGCGGACCUGGGGGCCCGGCCCCGCAGGCCCAGGACCGCCUCCGAACUUUCCGCGGGACCCAAGGAACGGCCCCAAAAAGCCGCGAUGGCCAUCAGGGCCGCGAUGGCCUGCGAGGCGCUGCCGGGAUGGCAGGGAUCGAUUUCUGCGGCGGAGGGCGGGGGCCGAUUGAUUGCCGCGGACGGUGGUGGCCGAUUGAUUUCCGCAUGCCGCAACGACUAUUACGAGGUGAUCAACGCGUUCACGACGUCGAUGAAUGGUUCGGAGGAGGACUGGCCGCCGCCGCCGCCGCCCGUCAGCUUCGACGAGUCGAAUACCCAACGAGUCCUCUCGCGCGUGUCGGAGGACGUGGAGGAGCCGAGGCCCCUGAGCGUGACGCCGAGGUCGCCAUGGUGA